GCCUGAGUUAACAAAAUGACGACUGCGAGUUUACCAAGAGUUCCCGAAGGACUGCGGGACCUAAUGAAGGUCUAUACCAAGGAGGUGUUACGUGAAAAGCCGGCUGAUUUGUAUGGCUUUUCGGCCAGUUUUUUCAACAUGAUUGUGGGUGAAAAAUCACAUCAAUCGGUGCGAAAAUACGAACCGGUGCAAACUUACGAAACCAUCAUGAAAAACCGCAUACGUCAGCAGGUUCCUCUGUCCAUGGUGUUUAAUAUAAUACCAGAAAAGCUCACCGACCUCAUCAAACAGUUUAUAAAAGCAGUUUUGAGAGAAAAACCGGAUAAUAUAUACAUAUUCGCACAGGAGUACUUUCAGCGGAUGUCCAAGGAAAAGUCGGGUCGAAUUGAGUACAGCAAGUACUCGUCCUACGAAAAGUCAUUGAAGGACAAAGAAAACCUAACUCCUGCAACGAAAGUAACCUGUGAGUGUGGUCGAGUACUGAGUGCGAAUAGAAUGGAUGUGGAAAACACUGCAUCCGUAUAUACAGACAACAAAUUAGCCGAGGCCGAUCAGCUAGAAUUUUCCAGCAGAAUUACCUACAUACAAUCGGUCGUCAUCAUUCAAAGGCAUUUUCGCCGAUAUCUAAACGAGCGGAAAAUAGGUCGCGAAAAGGAUAAAUGCAAUAGCGUCGAGUAUGUGGCAGCUAUCCUCCUGAUUCAAAGGCAGGUGCGUCGCCAUUUGGCCCAGAAGCGAGUGGAAAAACUUAAAAAUUCACGUGACGCACAAAAAGCCGAUGUUAAACCCAAAGCGGCCGACUAUAUGAAAGCCGUUGUCGUCAUUCAACGACAUUAUCGCAUAUAUUUGAAAAAGAAGCAGGAGCAAAAUCGAUUGAAACACGGCCCAGUAUCCUUAGCAACAGCAGCCAUCAUAAUCCAGAGAGCCUACCGGCGAAUGGUGGCACGACAUAGGGCCAAAAGAACCACAUCCACCGGCACAGAUCAGGCCGAGGAACUCAAUGACAAUGCCUCCGAGACGGGAUCCUACACAUCCGUCUCCACCGCUCUGCUCUCAACGGAGUCCACCGAACUGGGAAUGGCGAACUUCGAGGAACGAGUCCAUCAAAAAAUAAUUCACGAGGACGAGGAAGUGGAGAACAGUAAUGUUGAUGCCGGCCUUGAGAAGGAGUAUUUUGCGGAAGCCAUUAAGGGCGAACAAAAGUCGAUAAAUUUACGGAAAAGCGAAAUUCUUAGCGGCGCCCUAAUUGAAAGCAUGAUUUGCAAACCAGAUUUGCAAAACAUCAAGGAUUUGAAUAACGAAUCAAAAGAAUUCGAUGUUGAGUUAGAGGUGAACGAGCAUCAACCGGCUAAACUUGAAGAGCACAUUACUGAGGAGAAGAGAACUACUGAAGAUUCUGAACCGGAAUUUAUAGUUGAUAAUAAAACAAGUCUAGAUCUGGAAACGAUACCUCAAGUCGAGGUAAAAGCUGAAAAUAAAAGUAAAGACUAUAAGUCGGCAAGCGAGGAUCAAUUAAAAUCUAAUAAAAGCAGCUUGGAUGCAGAACAGGAAACACAUGAGGACUCUAAAGAUAAACCACUUGCAAACGACUUAGAUCCAAAAACUGAUGAUGCAAUUAAAGCUGAAGACUCAAGCAGUGAUCUUCUUAAAGAAAGUCGCGAAGAAGACAGCGCAUUGCAUAAUAACAUUGAGAAAAAAGAAAGUGAAGCUGUACAAGAAAAUAUUGUGGAACCGGCUAUCCCUUCAUCUAAUGAACCGAAAAACGAGGAGAAAGAUAAAAUUCAAAAUUCUGAAAGUCAAUUACAGGAAGUUCCACUUAAAAACGAAAUUACUCCCACAGUUUCAAUUGAAAUUGAGCAUGUUGAAGAUAUUUUGGAAGAUUCAUCAGCAAGUCCCCAUGAUUCUAAAGCUAACGAUCUAACUGAAGGGGUCUCUGUAGCAGAAGAGCCUAAAAGUAUCCCCAACGUAGAAGUAGAUAGCGUGAAAACCAUCCUUAUCAAUCAUAAUCUAGAAGGUUGUGAGCAAGAAACUCCUUUUGAAUCUUUAGGUGAAAACAAUUUGGAAGCAUCUCUAGAAACGCAAAGUGUAGUUUUAAAUGAGAAGAUCCAGUCUUCAGAUACACAUGAAAAGAUUAGAGAAAAGAGAAGUACUGAAGAUGAAGACAAUGUUCAAUCCAAUUCGGAUUCUCAGGAUGUGUUGAUUAUCGAAAAUCCAGUUGAUCAGGAAGAAAUUCAUAUAAACAAUGACCAGAAACUGGAUUUGGAUGGAAAAUCGGAAAUAAUACCUAAAGUGGAAGAUGUGCCGAAAACAACACCAAAUACAAAAGAUGAUGAAGUUUCCGGCAGUACUGAAAAGGUAGAGAUAAAUAAUGAAGAGCCAUUAGAUGACAUCGUUAAUUUACCAAAUCAUGAAAUAACGUUCAACAAACUCGAAGCUGUAUCGGAACAUACCCAAGAACGAAUGGGGGAUUUACCAUCUGAAGAUAAAAUUGUUGAACAUAGUAAUUCAAGCUUAGCAGAGGAAUAUGAUUUGCCAAAAGUAGAGAAGGAGUCAAUAUCAAUCGAUGAUUUAGAGGCAACGAAAGAGGUCCUUGGAGAUAUAUUACUUUCCGAAACUGAUUUGUCAGAACAAAACAUUAAAGAAAAUGUAGAAGAAUCGGAUAAACCUCAUUGUGAUGACUCCCCAAAAGAACUAGAAAACUUAAAGGAUAAAAUAAAAAUGCUGUCACAAGAGGAAGUCAUUCCAAUAGAAUCUGAAAGUUCAGAAACUAAGGGAUCAUUUACAGAAAAAACCAGCAUUUUCAGCAAAAAUAAUUCCAAAGAAACUAAUAAUGAAUCACAAAAUGUUGAUGACAUUACUGAACGGACUCAGUUGAAAAAUGAAACAGAUUUAUUGGUCUCUCACAUUUCUGUUACAUCCCCAGGACUAGAUGAUAAUGACAAAAUAACACCCAAUGCUAGUGAUAUUCAAGACACCGCAGCUAGCACAGAACUCUCUGUUAUUGAUGGUGAAAUAUCAAUUGGGGAAUCUGAAAGUUUAAAAGCUGAACCACAACAUUCCGAAACGGAGCAAGUUGAAAAUCAAGAAAUGGAGAACGAAGCUGCUGAAAUAGGUAAAAUAAUACCGGAACACCCCGAUGAUAAUUCUAAAGACUUAGAAUCCUGUAAAGAAACGGCUCCAAUCAAUUUGGAACCUGAGAAAGUCGAAGAUGAGAUUGAGGAAUUGAAAACUCUAUCUAAACGAUCGGAGGAGAAAAUUAUUUCAACCAAAACUGAGUCUGUGCAAGACGAAGAUGCCAAAAUUACGAAAAAAUCGGAGGAAUCUUCAGAUGAUGCAGAAGAUGAAAACAAAGCCGUUGAAAAAAUAAUAGAUAUGACAGAAAACGAAGUGUCUGCUUCACUUGAAAAACCGCCUUCAUCAGCAAAAGAAAAUUCAACUUCACUUAAUGAAAACCCUUCAUCAGAAAAAGAAAAGCCAACUUCACUUGUUAAAAAACCUUUAUCAGAAAAAGAAAAGUCACCUUCACUUGAUGAAGAACCUUCAUUAGAAAAAGAAAAGUCAACUUCACUUGAUGAAAAACCUGCACCAGAAAAAGAAAAGUCAACUUCACUUGAUAAAAACACCGAAGAAGAUCUUGUCCAAGAAUCCCAAAAAGUUGAUGAGGAAAUGUCCAAGGGAAAAGCUGCCAUUGCAGUUGUUGACUUACCUGCUACAAAUAAGGGCGAAUCUGUUAAUAGCCCGUUAAAUAACAAGCCCAGUUCACAGGAAUUGCAGGACAUACGAGCUGAAGUUAUUACCGAAAAGGAAACGGGGGAACCAUUCAACUUGUCUACUGAAAAACACAGUGAAUCUGAAUCAUCUAAUAAACCUAGCAAUACAACAAGCAAAGAUAUCGAAGACGAAGAUAGUAUAGAUCACACAAAACCAGUGUCUGAAAAAGUAGUUGAAAAUAUGAAGACCAUAGAUGUAAAUGACUUGGUGCUCGAAGAUGAUUCUUCAGAUGAUCCAUCAAAACUUGGUAAAACCGAAACGCCAGAUACCAAAACAGUCUCUCCCGAUAUUAAGGAAAAAGAUAUUGUGGAAGCAAAGCACGAAGGCGACUCACCCCAAAAACCCGAACAGAGAAACUCUACAUUGCUUGUAUCUAAUCAAUUAAUUGGCACCCAAAAUUUACCUACUAACCAUAUUGAGAUUGAAAAGACCACCAAGAAGUUAUCUAGCCCUAGUGUAAGAGAAAAAGAUAUUGGCACCCUAACAUCGGGACGACUUGUGCCCACACCCAUAGCUGAGUUGCAGCUCAAGUCAUUCAAGACUCCCAACGACGAUGGCGCCUGGUAUGAUAUAUAUGUGGAGCCCAAGGUGACAGCUGAAAGGGAUUUGGUGGUCCCUCCAGCUCCGGUUGAAACCCAAAGACCAGAUUCGGGGAAAGAAGUAUCUUCUGUUGUAGAAGAACCUAUGAUUUUCUCAGAAAGAGCUCCAAGUUACUAUACUCCCAAGGAAAUAGUGGAAGCUGUAAAACCAAAACCAAAGAAUUCAGUUUCAUUUUUUGUGUCCUUCGAUUCGGAUGAUGGAAAACCCAAAUACAAGAUACCGAAAAGAUUUCAAAAUCAACCGAGUAAAGAUGCUAAGAAAGAAGUAAAAGAUAUUGAAGUUGCUCAAACGGAAUCAGAUAUCGAUUCCAACGAGGAGGAAAUUGAAAUUAUUGAAGUUUCAGAAGGCGAUCCUGAAUAUCAGCAAACCGGCGGAACUAAACUACAAACCAUAUUGGAACUCGAUAAUGAAAAUGAGAUGACCAAUGAAUUUAAUAGUCAAGGACAAUCCUCAGAACUAAAUCUGAAUGAAAGUAAUGUAGUGAAACCAAAAUCUCCUACAAAUUCAAUUAAAGAAUUUGAGUCAGCUUAUAAAAAGGACAUUUUGAAUAUCACAAGAUCUGUGCAAAUCAUAGAAAGAGCUUACAAACGUUUCAAGAAUAGGUCUUCUUUAAAAAGUGAGCCUCGCAAUGAAUCUGAUUUUGAAAACCAAAACAGAGCUGCAAUAGUUAUUCAAAAGUGGGUUAGGAAUACCCUUAAGCAGAAAGCUUAUGAUGCUCAAAAAUCAAAACAAAGUCUUGCUGCGAGGAAAAUUCAAAGAGCUUAUCGAAGAUACCUUGAAAAGGUAAAACAAAGGACUCAAAAACAAGAAAUGGCUGCACUGAUUAUUCAAAAGGGAUUCAAACUAUAUUCUAGUAAGAUCCGCACGGAACUUAAUAACACUCAAUCUUCAGUUGACACAGAACUAGAGCAAAAUAAUGCAGCUUCUAAAAUUCAAAGGGCUUAUAGAAGGUAUCUCAAACUACAAUCAGAAAGACAACAAGAUGCAGGAAUUACAGUAAAAGAUGAUUCAAGCUCACUUAACUCGGUAAAAUUAACCGCAGAAGUUGAAAUGGGGAAUAAAUUUAAUUCUAAUAAAGAAGAUAGUUUAAUCCCAAUUCACAAUCAAGAAGUAGCUGAUUACCCAGAUAUUAUAAACGAAUUGCAACCUGAAGAGCUUAACGAUGUUCUAAAGGAAGCAGAAACCGAAUAUGAUUUAACUAAAAAACCCAAAGAGAUAAAAGAAUUAAAGGGGGAAGGGUCUCAGGAACAAAAAGACCCUCCGAAUGUGAUUUUAAGCAAAGUUAAUUCGGCAAGUGUAUCUGCAGAAGUUAAAAAACCUUUGGACGCAUUGGAAUUUCCAACAGAAAAUCGCCAGGAUGAAGAACAGGUUGUAGAAACAAUUUCAGCAACAAUAAAUUUGUCACAAUUAAGUGAAGAACCUAAAAGAGUAAAAGAAUUAAAGUCGGAUGAGUUCAGCGAAAUAGAAAACAUUUCAAAAGUCAAUUUAGAUGCAACGAAUUCGACAAAAUCGCCUGAUAAAGAGAUCGAAGAAUUACAGCCAAUGGAACUGAAAGAAAAAUUAGUAGAGAUAGAAAAACCAUCAGAAGAAAUAAAAACUGAACUGACGAAUCUAUCUCAGGCAAGUACCACUCAUCCAUCAAAGGAUGAUCUCGUAGGAAUGUCAAGUGCAGCUCUAAUAAUACAAAGAGCGUUCAGACAAUAUAUGGAAAGAAGAAAACUUGAACAUUUCGAAGAUAGCUGCUCCAUUGACUCCAUUACCAGUUCCCGCAUAACGGCCAUAGAGACCGCAAACUAUCCAGCUGCUGGAACACCAUCACGAAGUUUAAUUACCGAAGCUAUCGAAGAUGCAGAAGAUACUUCAGAAGAUACUUCUAAGAUGCAACCGAAGUCCGAGUGGUAUGUGGGAUCAACUCGCAUAAUACCAAGCCAGGGAGUCGUUGAAGGUGUUGAGGUGGAAACCAAUCCGGAUCCAGCUGCAAUUGCAACCACAAGUAAAGCCGAGCUAACCACCAGCACGCAAGUAGAAUCAGUUGAAACAGUAGAUAGAACGCAUGGCUCGCUUGAAUCUAAAUUAAAUCCGGGUACCAUAAUCGAUGACUGCCCAGGCGAUGCAUCCGAAAAGGAUAAUGCAAUCUCUUCUGGUUUAGCAGGUUUAGCGGAAGCUUCUGAAGCUCGGCUUGAUUCAGUGGAGGAUCCCCUUCUCCUAUCGCAAUCUGACUUUGGCGGACUCGUACAGUCUCUGGACAUCGCCUCAACUCAAGAACUGCUCAACGAUUUUCUGCAAAACGAGAUUGAAUAUUCUUCUAGACAAGGACCGUUUCCAAGUACGAAACUUCUUGAAGAAGUUAUUGAAGAACCUUGUAUAAAAAGAACCGCUUCGCUGAUUAAUGUUUCCGAAUGUGAAUCAGAAUCGGAUAUUGCUAGUCAAAAAGUCGAGAAUACAGAUUCUUCUCUAUCUGACACUGCGAGCCUGGGCACUCUAUCUGCAGAUACAAUAGACAAAGCAACUGUUAAGUUAUCCAAGCCAGAGGAAGUAAUUGAAAAAAUGUCCCAGCUUCGUGACUCGAAGUCCCACGAGAGGAUUUCCUCAGCAGAUCCCAGUUUUGAUGAGCCCGUGAUCCGGACCAUUAGUUCUCUGCAGGAGCAAUCCAGCCUGGACAUCGAGGAUGGAGAUAUCAUCGUCUACAACCGGCUGCAGAGGGACGAAACUAGGGAGAGCUCUGCUCAAAGCGAUUCCGUGGUCUUUGGUGAUGCAGUGUCCGAAAAUAACCAAGAGAAGGAGUUGCUCAAUGAGGAGGAGUCCGGAAGGGUGCAUUUGAUGAGGCACUACACCAUCGCAGGAGAUGAUCCGCGAGGACUAUUCAGAUCUGUGACCAUCGAUGAUGCUCUGAGUUAUGUGGAAAACGGAGCUAAUGGCAUGGGUGCGAGCAGUUUCUGUUUGGACGACGAGACUUCGGAGAACAUUCGAAAGAAGAUGAUGGCCUACUCGUUGUCUGAAACGGAUUCCGAUUACUUUGAUCCGAAAAAGGUCAGUAGCGAGGAUUUUGAAAUAGACACGGCCAUGGCGGAUGCCAUGGGCACAUCCACUGAAACGGAAUCCACAAUUGUUUCUGCGGCCACGAAGAUCCAGGCCGGAGCUCGUGGUUUCCUUACCAGGCGAAGAUUGCGGCGGGCCAGUGCUGGCACCAAGUCAUCCACUUUGGACACCAAGGCAUCCUUUGGCAACGAUGCGAUCAGUGAGUCCUUGGAACGAUUCAUCGAGGAGGAGGCGGCCAAGAAGAUACAAACCGCAUACCGGAUGCACACACGAAAGCGAAAGGGUCAUAGCCGGAAAAUGGAAGGCAUCAGCUUGGAGAGCAACCUGGCCGCCAGGCGCCAGAAGUUGCAGCGCGGGGAUGCACUGCGAAAUGAUUCCACUCCGGACGAUGAAAACAGUUUGAUAGUCAGUGGGGUCAAAGCCCAAAAAAAUGCAAAAACCCAGAGAAGCAAGACCGUUGGCGAGGUUAAGUCCAGCGCUGACAUGGAGUUGAGGUGGCUGAAAAUGAGGCAGAAUUCAAUGCCCGUGCAAAUCGAUUGCGAAGUUUUCAGAGUAAUCCCCAAACAUAUGCGAAAACGCAUCAAAAGCGCCGAGGCGAACAAAAGAAAAUAAAGUAUACGACGAAUUGUAUAAGUAUAAACGCUGAACUAUAUCUAAAUAAAAUAUAUGUAUUUAAUCUGAAA